ACCCACUAAACGAGCAAACAGCAGCAGCAGCACCACCGAAGCUGUCCAUCCGCCUGCUGCAACAACGGCAGUCUGAGAUCUUCCCGUUGGACGCUGCUGCUGCUGCUGCUUCUUCACCGGGCGCCUCUCGUCUGUCAAGGUGCCUCAUUGAGUGACCCGGCCAGGCGGAGGGGGCGGUGGGAAGGACUCUGCAGCGAGGGGCGCGUGGAAGCAUUUGCGACGCUGUUGGAUGCAAGCGACUGGGCCAUGGAAUUCUUGGAUAAAACACUCAAUGGAUACUUUGAGAAAUUGCUGGGCCCCAGAGAUGCGCGCGUCCGCGGCUGGCCCCUGCUCGACUCGUACGUGCCGACCGCCGCCGUCACCGCCCUCUACUUCGCCUUCAUCUGGCUGGGGAGCGCGUGCAUGCGCAACCGGCAGCCCCUCGGCUUGCGCGCCUCCAUGGUGGUCUACAACUUCCUCGUCACACUCCUCUCCGUCUACAUGUUCGUGCAGCUGUGUGUGGGAGCGUGGCAGGGAAACUACAGCCUCAAAUGCCAAAACACCCGCAGCAGUGGUGACGUGGACGUGAAGGUGGCUCGUGUCCUGUGGUGGUACUACUUCUCCAAGUCCAUUGAGCUGAUGGACACGGUGUUCUUCGUGCUGCGCAAGAAAUUCAGCCAGGUCAGCGUGCUGCACGUCUACCACCACGCGACCAUGCUGAACAUCUGGUGGUUCGUCAUGAACUGGAUUCCCACCGGCCACACUUUCUUUGGGCCGAUGUUGAACAGCUUCAUUCAUAUCAUGAUGUACUCCUACUACGGGCUGGCAGCUAUUCCUGCAAUGCAGCCAUACCUCUGGUGGAAGAAAUAUCUCACUCAGGCACAGCUGAUCCAGUUUGUACUCACAAUUGGGCAGACGAUAUCUGCCAUCGUGUGGCCUUGUGGCUUCUCCAUCCCGUGGCUCAUGUUCCUGACGGGCUACAUGUUUUCCCUCACCUUGUUUUUCAUCAACUUCUAUAUAAAGACAUACAAGAAGAGUCGUUCAAGACGACACUUGAAAUCGAGAGAGGAAGAGGGCGAUUAUAACGGCUACAGCAAUGGACACUCCAUCACCGUGGAGACCAGGACUGUCGUUCGCAAGAAGGUUGCUCUGGACUGAGGUGAUUCCCACCAGACAUCGACUUCCGAAUGACCACAGGCAACAGUGAAAACGCAACGGCAACUGCAGAAACAUCGACGAGACGCGUGACGCGAUUAGUCCAAAACUAGAACCCCGUGGUCAGCCAUGUCUUGCGUUCACUUUGUUUUUACUAAACGCUUUACUUUUUUUUGUUGACCUGCAAAGCUAAAUUAAGCACAAUGAUGAUUUUACCGGUUACCUGGCCGACAAGGGCAAGACGGUUUUGCAUUCCAGGAGUUUGAGCCGCGUAAGGGGGUGCAGAACGUGUAAGCGCAAUAAUCCAGGAAGAAUACAAUUCCUUUAAAGUGGCUGCCGGUGUAAGGAAAGGUGAAGUUUUUGUAGCUUGAUUUUUUUUAAAGCUUGAAUGUUAAUUAUUCACGAUGCCAGCAAUUAAUCGACAUGUAUAUUUUGGCAUUGCUGGAAUGUCAACGAGCAGCAGUGUCAUCAGCAAGGUGGACAUUUUACAUAGGUUUUGGAAAUUUAUAAAAAGCUUGAUUUUUGUAAAGGGGUUGUUAAGAAAAAUAGGGGCAAAUAUUUUAUUUUAAAAUAAGUCCAAAUUCUGAAAACUCAAACAACUUACAAGUAAAUAUUUGUAAAGCUAAAAAGUUGUAGGCCAUUGUCAAUUCUGUUGAAAAGUUAUUUUUCAAUGAAAGAUAGCAACUAAAAAAAUUCUCCAAUUGGAAUUGCUGAAUAUAAAGUAUAAAUAUGCCAUCUAAUCAUGUUGACAGAAUCGAAAUUAUUUCCUAAGAUGCCUGUGAGUAAUCAUUGGGGCUACAUUUGUAUUGGAGAAAUAAAAUAAUUCCCAGCCACUACGAUUCAAUCAACUGCUUUGACUCAGGACCACGAUUCGAUUCAAUAAUCACUAUUUUUUGUGGCAAACGUAUCAGCCUCGAGCAGCUGCAGGUGGGAUCGCACGAAUACAUUUCAUAAAUAUUCUCGCACAAUUCAACGUCAAGUACCCGUGAGCUUAAGAAUCACAGGUGAGAAACCGGUGUAUUUUUAUACCCCGAAAAAGUGAAUUCUUACAACGGAAGAAAACCGUGGCUCCGAAAGCUUCGCAACACGAUACUUAAACGCAACUGUAACGGGCACCUCGGCCUUGGCGCUCUCCUUGAGUGAAUUACAAUGUAAUUUACAAGCAGGCGUGGAACCUGUGAUGAGAUUAUUAGUCCUCGUGUAGGCAGUGGAAGAGUUGCCUGUCAAGGUCACACCUCGAUAUUACAGUUGGUGCGUGGUGUGAAUUUUUAGCCAUCACAUGACCUUUGAAUAUACAGGUUAUGGAAAAAGUAUUAAGUUAAUUUUUUUUCCAAGUGUUAAGAAAAAGGCAAUACUAAUACUGUACACAUGCUACUUGACUGCCACAUGAAAGUAUUCAUACACACACCAUAAUUGUACGACUAAAUUGCAAUGAAAAAAUAUAUUAAUAUUAUAUAUUAAACAAUUGUAAACUACCUUAUAUUAUUAAAAUUAGCAUGUGCGACUAGCAUGUGCCUUCAUGUACACAAACUACUGUUUAAGUGUGAUUCUUAAAAGUAUGGCUAAUAAAAAAGUAAUGUUGAUGAUCUUGUAAGUUUGCUAAUCAUGCCGAGUGCUUCAGCCCUGGGAAUAAAAAACACACAAUGAAGGCA